AAAAAAAAUUUAACCUUAUUUUUUGUUUUCCUCGAAGAAACCCUCAUCCUCUGUCUCUCUCAGCCUCCCUCGAGACCCUCAGUUCUCAUCUCAGUUGAAGCUUUACCCUCGCCGCACCUCCGUCGCCGGUAGCGUUUGAGACGAAGGAAAUCGCAAGCUUCUGGCGGCCUCCCCCUGGACGACGGCGACGCAUUUGGUAUUGAAAACUGACGUCUUAUCGGCCUCUGAAAACAGUUUAAGCAAUGAUGAAGUUUGAUAGAGCAGAUGCCCAGUCAAUUUUGUCCCAUUUCAAGCGCAAAGACAAACAGAUUAAACUUAAGAGCAAGUGGUUACUCGGGAUUCCUCUCACUAAAUAUAAGAUGAAGAAGUUGAAAAAAUAUAUCAAAAAUAGGUAUUUGUCCGAGUCUUUAAUCAGGGAAGAUGAUAUGUUUUAUGAGUCUGUAAGAACUCAUGUUGAAGAAGCCUUUGGAAUGCACCACAUUGAACAAGAGAAUCAUGUCACCGUGGAUGAUAUUGAUUUGAUUCAAAUACCAAACAUGAAAAGGUUGAUAUCAUCGUGCCUUGAUAAUUUGACUACCAAGGGUCUCUACCUUCUUGCUAUGAUAGUUACUGGUGGCUCAUUCAAGUCUGAAAUAACUCGUUGCAAAUUGAAAAAGGUUAUCAAGGGUUCUCUUUCAAGUGUUCCGGGUAGCAAAAGCGACAACCGUCUGGAGACUCGUAAGCAUAUUUUUUCUCUUCUCACCAAUCCACAGAAUUUCCGAGACAGGUGUGAGCCUUUGGCUGCAUUAAGAUUCCAAUCUCAUCAUGCUGCUGUAGAAAAUAUAUUGCGUGGACUUCAAAAAUUGCCAUGUCAGGCCUUGAUUGCAAUGCGUAGAAAACUUAAAGGAGUGAAAGCAUCAAUACCUCAGUUACAACCUCGCAGACAUGGAUGGACACGGGACCAUCUAAUCAAGGUAGUGAAGAAAACCAGUAUGGAAAUGCUUUCACAACUUGAUAGAGAAAGUGAGCUGCAAGAGCCAUUAGCCAAAGCCAUGGCAGUAGCAGACUUGUCACAAAAGCUGAAUACUGGUUGUCAUAACAUAUUUUCAAAAGAAUUUUUCCAAUUCUCCCCGGAGGUGAAGUCCUUGCAAAGUGAUAUUAUGAAUGCUAUAUGGUCUGUUAAGAAAGUAGUGACAGUGCCAGAACUAAGAAAUUUACAGCUUCUCAUAGAACCGAAGGCGGUAAUAUCAAAUAGGUCCAUACGGACAGCUUUUGUGAAUUUUUUGAUUGAAUUUCUUUUUGAGUGCAGUGAUAUGGAUAGUGUUCCAAAGUCUCUAUCACAGACCCUAGAUGUUAUUAACAGAGGUUCUAAUAGCUGCAUGAAUGAUUUAUUGUUCAAGAAGAAGUAUAUUGAGGAAGAAGUUGACUGCAUACUAAACAUGAGUGCUUUGACAAAACAAAUUGUUUUGGAUUUGUUGCCUGAUGAUGAAUUGGAUAAAGACUUUACUGAUGCUUACUCGGAACAAUUGGAAGAAAGUGAUUACAGCAGCAGCGAUGAUGAUGAUAAUGAUAGUCAACUUGUGGAGGAUAUACAAUUCAGAAAUGGAACAUCUGGUUCAAUGUAUUCAUUCUGUGAAGGAGAAAGUAUUGGAGAAUUUGUGCCAUUUGAGGAAAAUGUUUCUUCCUCCCCACUUACAACUAGUGAUAAGUUGAAUAGUGGUUCUGAACAGCAUCAAGCUAAUAACUGUGAUACGGUGGAUUUGGACUCCAAAGUUCAUAACACUCAAUGCAACAUUUUUACUGACCAAUGCCAAAGAGAAAGCACAGAGAUUUUCCAUACAUUUAUGGCCUGUAAAAAUAAUAAUUCUUCAGUUAUUUCACCUGACAGAGAAUUGGACGAAAAUGUUGUAAAGAGAAAUGAAUUUUCUGAAUCUGAUGCUAAAGUAGAUGCUACAGACACAACAGAUUUGUUUUGUAAGGAGAAAGAACCCAUGCCCACUAAGUGCAGUGAAUGCAAGAACCAAUACCUCGCUAUCCAAGAUGCUUGUGAUAAGACAAGUAUGCUUGCAUAUAAUCUCAUAGGUCAUUUGUUGGAAGAGUUUGUCAUGACUGAAGGCCUAGAUUUAAACUUGAGCAAGAGUUUAUACCUCACUGGUAAUAAUCGCAUUGAAGAUGUUGAAGAAGAGCAGUCAUCAUCUGGGAAACAUGCAAGAGAUUUUGUUCAAGUAAUUGAAGAGCUGAUUCCUUCCUUUCCAGAUAGUAGCAUUGAAAGACUAAAGAUGUUGAUGGGCUUAUGAUAAUGGGUGUUGGGUUUAAACAGAGAAAAUUUUGAAAUGGGCUUACCCAUUUGUGAGUUUAUUUCGCAAGGCCUUGCUGCUUCCCUCCAAGAAAUUUUAUAGGUCUCAAUCAAUCCUUUGCUAUAACAUAAAGAGCCUGUUUGGUUGCAGCCUGGAAGAACUUCUAAGAGCUUCUCUACUGUUGAGCUUUUUCUGAAGCUACAAUUUUCAGGUUCUCCAAUUCUCAACUUUUCGGCAAGCAGUGCUACAUUUUUUGUUGGACAAAAAUGUCCUCAUAAAAAAUUUGAAAAUGACCAGUAUGUCCUACACUCUCAAUUGCACAAAGCCACGAAGCCUAGCUCCUCUCUUCUCUCUCGUUUCGUAACAUAAGGAACCCUAACUCUGAUUCUCUCUCUUGGGUGUGAUUCCUCUGUUCAAUCCCACUGUUCGGUUGCAAUCGCUGCUCUUGAGAAAUCCUUGAGACUAGUCAAGCCAUCAAAUGUCAGAGGACAGGGGAAUUGGAUCCACUUGAUGAAAACUACGAACAAAAUAUAUAGUGAUGAAGAAGAAAAUGAAGUUGGCCCUAGUACAACCACAUGGGAUGCUCAAAGUGCUUUACUAAUGGAACAAGUCAAAGAGUCGAUUAAAAAUAUUUUUCCAGCACGAAUUUAAUUUCUGUUUUUUUUUAAUUAACUACAAUACUUAUAUAUCUUUUAGUUUUAUUGGAAGACAAGGUUACAUGUUCAUGAGAUGGAUAUAUUUGGACAAAUUUAUAUUGGAUGACAUGGUUAUAUUA